CUCCAUGCCCUGAAAAUAUCGUCCGAAAAGCUCCAAAUCAACCAAGUAAUCGAAGCAUAUCACACAACCACCCUAUAUUCUGUCCCAAACAAGCCACAAUUGAUUGCGGAAUGGUUGUUUACUCGUCUGCUUAAGGAUCGGAAAAAUUCAUCGUGUGUGCUUAUAACUUGUUCAUCCUCCUGGCCUAAGAAACCUUGUUAUAGAGAGUCUAACCCCGUAGUGGAUGCUAGAUACUGGAAGCUUCUUUCGCAGGUUUUGUCUGAGCAAUCGACCACGCAUAAGCACUGGUUGCUGCCUCUGCUAAAUCGCGUUCCUGUCGCACCAAUUGUCGCGUCUUUCUUGGAGUUAUCUCAGACACUGCAAGAAAAUCCACGAAAAGAGAUAGCUUUGGUGGCAUACCGUGCAUUUUUGCGUUUCUGGCCUCUGGCGCUCCCCAAGAUACAACCCGAAGCACUUCUCGACUGCCUAGGCGCAGUUUUGAGACUAGUCAGUGUUGAUGGCGACUUUAAUAAAAUGGGCCUGGAAAUCAUAUCGUCCCUAAGAUAUGCCAUAGGGAACACCUCGAACAAAAAGAAAUUGUUUGCUCUCUUCGUCCAAAACCACCUCCAUGACUGGAUCUCGUCAGUCAAGGAACCGACAGCGCCCGAGAGCUUGUACUUUGUGGGGACUGAGAUUCUUUUCAAUGAAGAAACCUUACGACCAGCACACGAUGAAGACCAUGCAUUGUUCGUGGGCCUUCGGAAUGCUCUUUCAGAGAGCACGCUUUCCGUCCUUCCGCGGCUAUAUCUAUCAUUCGUGACAUUUACCAAGAAGCAUCGCAGCUCACUAUUCGGGCAGAGCUCAGCUCCCAAUGCUGUUGGGGCUUCCGACCACGUCCGGACAGCUGCAUUUACCUUUUUCGAUUCGUGCUCAAGCUUGCUGUCCCUCUCGGGCCCCACGUCUUCCACUUGGCUUGCACGCAAUGCUCUCUUGGAGGUUAUAAUAGACGAGAAGUUGUUCGAUGUGAAUGACCUUGACGCUCAGAUGAGCCUGCAAGGCAUUGGUCCAUUGAUUCUAUCCACGCUUUCGUUGGAAUAUGAUGAGCAGCAGGUAUCGCUGGCAGUGAAAUGUUUGACGAAUUUAAUGCGAAUCGACCAUGAUCUGAUCCUCAAAGACGUGCCCCGUAUUCUUCCGGCGCUCCUUACGAUAUCGGAACCCCUCCCGUCCAUUCACGACUUCCUACAGAUCUUGUUACAAUACCACAUCCAGACCCGAUCCCUCCAGACAUAUAUCGAAACUCUCUUUACAUCUCUGAUGCAUUCACCGUCGUCAGUGGCGUCGAGCAUAGGCCGGACCUUGGGUGCCUUUCUCCAUAUCGCUCAUCUGGAACGGCUUUCUGUGGCAAUCGAAACCUUCCUUACCCCAUCUCAAAUUGCUCCGACAAUAGAGCUUGUCACCGCCGAUCUCCAAAGCAAGUGGCAACAAAUCUCGGCCUUGAAGCACGUUGAUUUUACUCUUGCGAGAGCAUUUUCUGCAAGUGCCGAGUUGACUGCCGUCAUCGUGAAGGCGCUACCUCUCCGCGCGCUAGCAGAUCCCAGUCGCAGACAAGUUCAAGCAACUCUAAAAAUGUUCAAGGAAGAUUUCCUCGCCACUGCCAUCUCGAAGUCUCUCAAGAGUAUGCGGAAAGAUGUUGGCUCCUCCGAGACUCAAUUUGUGUUAACCGCUCUGCUACGCCUCGCCUAUUCGCUUGAUCUACCUGCCUCAGAUAAGCUUCGGAGCAAAAUGCAGUCGUUGCUUGAUGACCAAAGACACGAACCGGGACCGUUGUUCCGGUCGUUGUUGAAAUGGUCCAGCACCGCCGAACCUUCUGCGGCUCUGGCGUUGAAUGAAGCCCUGUUGGCGCAUCUAAAAAAUGGCCCCGAUCUCGAUAUCCUCUCCAUGUUAUUAGAAAGAUGGCUGCCGACAAUUGACGGCCUCAUGUCCAGCUCACAACUUGAGACAUUUGUCACAAUCCUCUUCAAUACGCCACUGAAUACCAGCGCCUCCUAUCAGGACGCCAGCCCCUCAUCUGUAUUACUCAGUGGAUUAUCUUCUGCUGAAUUCUGGGAACUGACCAAUAUUCGCGCCGCGAUAUCCAAGUAUGUAGAUGAGAAAACGACACAUCUGCUGAGUGAGGAGUUAUCCCAACGGCGCCUCACUGCUUCGUCUACCUACGCCCUUCUCCUUCUCUUCCCGGUCGAGUCCUUUUCUCGAACGACUCGGAACGAUCUCGUCAACCGCGCAAUCGACAUUGACAUCUCUCUUAUGGCCGAUCAUUGUCCGGAGCUCAGAGAGUUUAUCCAGAAUGUUGCCUCGUCUACUGGCGCGGUCGAAACAGCGUCAACAAUAUCGUCUCGAUACCUGUCGCACUUGGUCCAUAAUGCGCAAGAUACUCCCGUCACGUUAUCCUUGAUCGAGUUGCAUCUAUUAGUGCUGAUCAAGUCUUCCGAAUCCUCAGACGCAGACGCAGUUGUUGAGCUCCUGACAUCCAUUCGUCUGGACCAGAUUUCCAAACCUGGCUCAAGUUCCCAGACAACCGUCCUAUCACAUCUACUCACCAUAUUAUCUUCCACGCCCCACCUUCCGAACAAUGUCUCCCAGACUCUGGGAAAUAUUAUUCGGGACUUGACUACAGUCCUUUCCGCGCAAGUUGAAGCUAUCGGCAGGAAGGACGCUUUGCUUCACCUAUGGCGCUCGACACGUCUACUUGGACAACGGUUAUGUAUAAUUGAUGAUCUACCUCUCAUUGGUCGGAGUCUUUGUGCUUCCAUUCAAAAGCAAGAGAAAUGCGGCGUAGCUUUCUCUAUUCUGCUAGAAGAACUAGUGUCAUUUGCGCCAGCUGAACGACAGCCUCAUCUUGGAUAUGUGUUGGCAGCUUACGUACAUUUCGGUCGAUUUGUUAACCUCGAAGGUCAAAGGGAACUUGACCAUCGUGUCUCUCGAACUUGCCAUUCCAUGAAAGCGACAGAUUUUUCGUCUCUUCUCACUAUAACAAGCGCCUGCCUUGGUGAUGUCCUUACCUCAAAAGAUGAUUUGCCGCAUUUGGUUCGUUUCGCAUCACUGUUACUAUCCAGCCACCCCCCAGGGACUCUGAAAGUGACCCAAAAGUUCUUCGCGGGAUGCGUCAAUAUAUCUGUAGCUCGGCCGGAAUUUACUCGAGUGGAAGUUAUCCGUCUGGUUCGCCAUUAUUGCUCCGAACAGCCUGCUUCUCUGCGUAUUUCAGACAUGGGCAACAUUUGGCUACUGUUGUCCAAGUUUCUCUCGAGAUCGAAGCAACACGACACGGUCACAUCCGCAGACAUGCUGCAAGACAUCACCUUCGUGGUCGGCGCACUGAUUCGAUUGAGGCGUGACCUGGUCGUUCUGGCGCUCCCGAAUCUGAGCUUUGUACUGCAGCAAAUUCUGUCUACACUCCGUCGGCCGCGUCCGCACCUUGGCGCAAAGCAAGCAAGUCUUAUCAAAGACUUGCUGCCUGAGUGGAUCAAUCCUGAGACCGCAGUUAGUCUCGACGAGGCAAGAUCUAUUUCGCGGCUGCUUAGCGCGCUGGAAACGAAAACGACCGUUCGCACGCAUGCGGAAGUGGUACAAAAAGCGGAGUCGCUUGCAAAAGCAUUUUCAAAGCACGCCGCCUACGUCCUCAAGGCCUAUAUCGAUGCCAUGAACGACCCGCUGUGUUUGUUGCCUUCCUCGCUCCGCAAGGAGCUUCGCCCAGGGCUUUAUGCACUUUGCGGUAUGAUUAACGAGCAUAGCCGUGAUGCCCUCAUGGCGUCCGCCUUGGACGCAGGUGGCAAAGCAAUACUGAAGAACCUGUGGGCGGAAUACGAGAAGCAAAAGUACGUUGGAAAAGGCUAG